AUGUUUUUUUUUACUUUUAAUUGCAGGUCAAAAACAGCAGGGAUUAUGGGAUGUAUUUUGACUGAUAAAUCAGGACUUUGUCUUGGUGCGAAAGGCAAUGUCUCUCCAGACAGCGCAGGAAUCAUAGCAGCCAUUGCUAAUCAAGCUUCUAAAUUAGAACCUUUAGAAACCCCUGUUAUAUCUCUCCAAAGUGACUCCAGGUAA